AUGGCUUCUUUCAGACCGUUACCUAUUCACCCACCAAGAAUUUAGUUGUAACCUGGAGCACCUUAAUUUGCAACAGUAAUCAUUGAAACCCCUCCAAGAAAAUAACCUGAACCUAUCCAAAUAGAGUUUGAUGAAGGAUUGAUUACUAGAAUGUAGGAAGAAAUCGAUGUGUGGAGAAAUAAAUUCUUUUAAUUGGAAUUAUAGUUUUAAAUUAAUGCUGGAGAAUUAAAGAAGAUUGACUAUUUAGAAGGGCGAAUAAAAGUGCUUUAAGACGCAGUAAAGCAGUUAAAUAUAGAAAAUAGAUCAUAAAUAAACUAAAAUGAAAUUUUAAGAGUGAAAUGUGACGAACUUGAAUUAGAAAAUUAGGAUCUCAAAAUGGCAAGAUUAGAAAACAAACGCCUGAGAGAAUUAUUAGAUGGGGCACAUGAUGAGCUCUCAUAGGCUAAAUAAACCAUUGCUAAUUAUGAAGAUUAAUUAGCUGAUUUAGCAAUUAAGGAUUAAGUCAUCAAAGAACAAAAAGAUAAAAUUAAUCAAUUGUUAGUGGAAAUUGAGUUUUGGAAAAAGAGAUACUAACAAUUGGAUACUGAUAGAAUCAAAGGGAUUGAAGAAUUUAAGAAGAGCAGUGAGACAUUAAGAAAUUCACAAUUUAACGAAUUGAGAAGAAGUGGAUCUAUGCAAGCUUAAGGAUACUAAAAUGAAUUAAAAAACCUAAGAGUUCAAUUAGAAAGAUUAUAAUAAGAAAACAACGAGUUAAAGGACAAUAUUCAUUAAUUAGAAAGCUCUAAAAAUGGAUAAAAUUCUCAAUUCAAAGAAGUAAAUACAAAACUUGAAAGUUCUACAAAAGAAAUCAAAAGAUUAAAUGAUAUCCUACUUUAAAGAGGUUAAUAAAAUAAACAAUUGGAAUUGAGAAUUAAAGAGCUUGAAAGAUAAGUUAGUGAAAAAAAUAUCUUAAAAGAAGAAAUUGAUAAACUGAAAUAACAAUUAAAUGAUAAAAAUAAAUAAUUGUAAGAGUAACACAAUCAAAUAACCUAAUUGAAUAAUAGAAUAGCAGAGUUAGAGCGACUCCUCUAAGAAUCUAAAUAAUAUAAAGAAAAAAUACAAUAAUUAUAAACAGAAAUUGCAUAAUUGAAAGCAAUUAUCUAAGGCAAGGAUGAGGAAAUUGCAAUCUUGAAAUAGAAGAUCGAAAAUCUGACUGAUCAACUCAAAGAAAUUGAUAAAAUCAUUUAGGAAAAAUAUGCUUUGGAAAAUAAGGUGGCUAUGCUUGCAACUGAAAUUGAAAGAAAGGCAGCAUAAUUGAAAAACAAGGAGAAGACUAUUGAUGAAUUAAGAGAAAAUUUGGAUUAAAAUAAUCAUACACUUGCAGAAGUUGAAUAACUUCAAUAAGAUAUAGAUGGAUUACAUCUUGAACUUAAAGGAAAAGAUGAUUUAAUUAAAGAACUUGAUCAAAAAUAUCAUGAGGCACUUAAAUAUUAAGAAUAAGUUUCUUAAUUAGAGACUUAAGUCUUCGAUUUAUAAGGUAAAGUUGCUAUGUUGUCAUCUGAAAUUGAAAGAUAAAGAAUAAAAUUGGACAAAUACAAAAAGGACUAUGAUGGCUAGUAAGUUAAAAUAAAUGAUUUGAAUGACAUGAAGUUUGACUUCGAUUCUAUGUAAGACGCAUUGUAGAGGUAUAAAGCAUAAGAAGACUAAUAAUAACAGGAAUACGAUAGUUGGAGAGAUAUCUUAAAAAAGGCUGAUCUCGAAUCUUCAGAACUAUAAAAGACUUAAGAGACCUUGUCUAGUGAAAAACAGAUUGCCUAAGAUUAAUAUGAAAAACUUACCGAAUAAAUUAAGGAAUUGAAUAAAUUGCUUUAAGAAGAAAGGGCUAAAAUUGAAGGUUUACAUAAAGAAAUUGAGAAAUAUUAAGAUUUAGAGAAUAAAGUUUAUGAAAUGUAAAAUAAAACAGCUAUGCUUUCAGCUGAAAUUGAAAGAAGAAGUGUGAAAGAGAAGACAAAAUAAUAAUAAUUUGAUGAACUUUCACAACUUUCAAAGCAAUAACAAGAGGAUUUAGAAAAAAUGGCUUAAAUCGAAUAAGAAAAUGAAACCUUAAAUGAAUCAAUAAAAAAAACACAGGAUGAGAUUGCAUAAAUGCAAAAAUUAUAAGAUGAAACAUAAGAAAAAUUAGAAAAAGUCUUAUCCGAGAGAGGAAAUUUAGAAAAUAAAGUGGCUAUGUUGUCAACUGAAAUUGAGAGAUAAUCUUAUAGAUUAAAAAAUAAAACAGAGGAAUGCUCAUAAUUGAACGAAAAGAAUUAAGAAUUACAAGGUGAAAUAUUGAAACUUUAGGAUUUACCUGCUGAGGUUGAGGAAUUGAGUUAAUAGGUAGAAGAACUAAGACAUUCAUUAAAUGAGGCUGAUUUGAAAUAAGUUAAAUUAACCUAAGAUUUAGAUGCUGUUGCUCAUGAAAAAGCAUAAAUUGAGGCUGAAAUUUAGAAACACUAAGAUGAAAUUAAAUUAUAAUAACAAUUGACUGAGGAAGCCAAAAAACAAUUAGCUAAUUUCACAGAGAAAUUCAAGAGUGUAGAAGAAGAAAAUAGUUCACUAAGAGCAUUGGAAUCAAAAUUGUCAGAAUAUCAAAUGAAAACAGCUUUAUUGGCAUCUUAAAUUGAAGCCUAAAAUAAGAAGUAUUAAGGCAAGCUUGAUGAGAUGUCUGCUUUACAAUAAAAUUUUGAUGAUCUCAAAGCUCAUUAAUUAGAUGUAGAAGAUAUCUAAGGAGAAUUAGAAAGAACUUUAACUAUCUUAAAUGAAAAGGAUAAAGAGCAUGGUUUAUAUGAUAAGAAAAUAUAAGAAUUGGAAGCUUAAAUUAAAUAAUUAGAAGAUGUGAAAUAUUAACUUGAAAGCAAAAUGGCUAUGGUCAGCAGUGAAGUUGAAAGAGUUAAAUAUAAAUACGAAAAAUUAUAGAAGGAAUAUGAAGAAAAUCACUAAAGAUUAUUAGAAGCUGAAGAAGAGUUAAUAUAAAAUAGUAAAGAGGUUCAAGCUUUAGAGGAUGAAUUACAUCAUACCUAAUAAGAGUUAGCUCAAUCUAGAAAAUAAGGGUGAAUAAGAGAAUGAAAAUUAUCAAUAAUACAAAUA